AUGUUCGUUAUCAUUAUAAAACGUUGGCUAAAUUAUAGUCGAAAUUUUCCUGUGAAUUUUUUACUUAAACAAACACCGAAGCCACUAAAUUAUUGCCAGAUUUUAUCAACAAAAAUUGACGGAAUUGAUUCUUGUUUUUAUAGAUUUUUUAAUAAUAACAACAAUAAUAAAAUGUAUGAUUGGAAUAAUUUACCACGACCAAAUGUGAUAUUUGUACUUGGUGGUCCGGGUGCUGGUAAAGGUACCCAAUGUAGUUUGAUUAGUGAGAAAUUUGGCCAUGUACAUUUAUCGGCCGGUGAUUUAUUACGUAAAGAACAAAAUACUAUUGAUUCAAAAUAUGGUGAAUUAAUUGCCGAACAUAUCAAAAAUGGAACAAUUGUACCGGUUGAAAUUACCUGUAAACUGUUGAUGAAUGCAAUGUUAGAAAAUAUGAUUGCAUUAGCUGAACAGGCAAAUGAAAAUGAACAAAAAUCAAUAGCUGUUGGAAAUUUUCUUAUCGAUGGUUUUCCACGAAACCAAGAUAAUCUGGAUGGUUGGCGAAAAUUUGUUGGCGAUAAAGUUAAUGUUGAAUUGGUUUUAGUUUUGGAAUGUCCUGAACAAAUUUAUCUGGAACGUUGUUUGAAACGUGGUCAACAUUCUGGCCGUGCUGAUGAUAAUCCGGAAUCAAUGAAAAAACGUCUGGAUACACAUCUAAAUCAAACAAUGCCUAUUGUUAAUUAUUAUGAAAAAUUAAAUUUAGUCAAACGUAUUGAUGCAAGUCGUACAAUCGAUGAAGUUAAUGAAGAAUGUUGUAAAAUUAUACAAUCAUUAAUGGCUGAACGAAAAUGAAAAAAAAAACAAAUUUUUGAUCAAAAAAUUUCAAAAUAAGAAUUUUAUUCCAAAUUUGGAAAAAAUGCCGGCUUUUUUAAAAAAUAAA